AUGAUGAAUGGUUCAAAAACACUGCAAUCGUGGCUCCAAACGGGAGCUAAUAGGAAGAAAAGUGCGGAUCAGGAGGAGAAUAUUUCGAGCAACCCUGUAGAAACUGAAGUGGACGACAGUGAACCGAGCACAAGCGCCAGUGGCUAUUUCAGCAGCGCCAGUGAAGUCUCCACAGCACCUACUAGUAGCAAACGGUGCAAAACAGUAAGGAAAUAUGACUCGAGUUAUGUCAAAUUUGGAUUCAGCUGGAGUGGGACGGGGGAAGAGCCCAGGCUGCAGUGUGUGGCUGCCAAACAGUUAAACUUGGUGCCACUUUCCAACGACACUGUGUCGUGAAGAAUAGGAGCCAUGGCAGAUGAUGUUAAAAACACACUGAUUGAGCGUAUUAAAAGUAGUCGCUAUUAUUCCAUCCAGCUAGACAAGACUACUGAUGUUGCAGAUUUGUUUACAACUACAGCCGAGCCCAUAUUCCAGCUCCUGAAUGCGUUUGUCCAAGAGAAUGGGCUUGAUUGGAAAAAGUGUGUUGGAGCCUGCACGGACAGCGCCAGGGCUAUGACACCGGAGAUGCGAUGGACUCACUGCAGCAUCCAUUGUGAGGCCCUGGCGGUGAAGAAGAUGCCCGAAGAAUUGAAGUCUGUGCUGGACUCGGCUGUGAAAGCUGUGAACUUCAUUAAGGCCCGACCAAUGCAUUCUCGUCUAUUCCAUGUGCUCUGCGAUGAGAUGGGCAGCGAGCAUGUCCAACUCUUGCUUCAUACGGAAGUAAGGUGGCUAUCAAGUGGGAAGGUGCUUUCGAGGCUUUUCGAUUUGCACAGAGAGGUCCAAAUGUUCUUACAGGACGAAAGCUUCCCCUUAUCAGAUAUUUUCGAAGAUACUGUGUGCCUCAGUCAACUGGCAUACUUGUCGGACAUUUUCUCUUGUUUAAACGAACUGAAUUUGGGGCUACAGGGACUCUCCAUCAAUGUCUUUGAUGUGCAGGACAAAAUCAACGCAAUGCUGAAAAAGAUGGAGUUGUUAAAAAUCAAAGUCAAGGUAAGUGAUGUUUCAGCUUUACCUGCUUUGGAGAGUUUCUGUCUGACAACAACCUGA